UUCAGCGGUAAUGGCGGAGAUAUUAAGUCCCAUUGUUUACUGGGGUCAAAACAAGGAAUAUACUUCUUUGAAUAUUGAACUCAGGGAAAUUACGAAUCCCCAGAUUAAUUUGACAGAAGAUCGACUUUAUUUUAAAGCUAAUGGAAUAGGAGGGCAUGGACAGAAUCAAUAUGAACUCGACAUACCAUUUUUUACACCCAUUGAAAAAGAGGGUAGUAUUUUUACUCUGACAGAGAAUGGGGUACGGUUCAAGUUGAAGAAAGUGAGCUAUGGAGAAACAUGGCCAAGACUGAUGCUAGAGGGAAGGAAACCUGCCUGGCUCAGAAUAGAUUUUGAGAAGAUGACCUUUGAUGACUCGUCUGAAGAUGAAGAACAUUCAGAAGAUGAAAUUAAAGAGGAUUGGAUGAGGAGAAUUGAGAAAGAAAUACAAGAUACACAACAGUCAGCUGUUGGAGAUUUGAAGAUGAUUUAUCUUUUUAUAUACAAUUUGUUUCAAUUUGUUGGUUACUCCUAUAUAAUGGUGGCUAUCAUCAUCAGAUAUAUUAGAUAUGGACAAGCAUCCCAAACUGAUGUAUUCAGUGCAGUUGGUGCUCAGAUGAUGAUAUGUCAGAUAGCAGCUUUGGUAGAAAUCAUCAACCCGUUGCUUGGUAUUGUGAAAACAGGUGUCAUGGCUCCACUCAUGCAGGUGUUAGGGAGAGGCAUUGUGGUAUUCAUGGUAAUUGUACAGGAGCCAAGGGUACAAGAAAGCAGAGCAGUAUGGCUUCUAUUUGUUGUUUAUUGUGGAAUAGAAAUAGUGAGGUAUCCGUAUUAUAUAUUGAGUGCUUUGGAAUAUGAAGUGAAGAUUGUUACAUUGCUGAGAUAUACUUUGUGGAUUCCUUUGUAUCCUGUGGGUUUUGGUUGUGAGGGUGUCAUCAUUUAUAAGGCCAUUCCAUAUUUUAAAGAAACUGGAGCAUUUUCUGUGCAAUUGCCAAAUGUUUGGAACUGUUCUUUUGACUUUCCUACAUUUUUGUGGAUAUAUUUAGGUAUAAUUGUCAUAGCUGGUUCAAUGAUGCUGCACCACAUGUAUUAUCAGACCAAAAGAAAGUUAGGCAUGAGCAUAACAUCAAAGAAGAAAAAGAAAUAAUUUCCUUGGAUGGGUGGUAAAACUGCAUGGUCAAAUUGUUGAAGAAUGUUUAAAUAAUAUAGGAACAAAAAGGAUUCAUUCAUCACUGAAAUCAUGUUUAUCAUAUUUAUAUGGAAAAGUUUAAUAUGUAGAUUUUUAUAGGUGAAAGGCAAUCAGUGGAUAUUAUAAGUGAUAAGUCAUUGAAAGGCAAUCAGUGGAUAUACAGUGGAUUUCAAAAAAGCACCAAAGUUAAAAAAUUGAUUUCUUAAAAACUAUUCUAUAAUUUUAUUUGAAACUGCAACAUGAUAUUGCUUUCAGCACAUAAAAAGUUUGAAUGACUAGCUUUUAUAGCAUUCCUGUGGUGUUCAAUGCAAAAAAAUGCAAUGCAGGAAUAAGGUUGGAAUUAAGGAAUUAAGUCUCUUAGUAGAAAGCAACAACCUUAGGGUCUGCCUAGCCAAGGGAAGCGUGUGGUGGUCAGUGGCAGUAGAUGUAAACACAAUGACCAUAUUUCAGAGGUUUAGGAUGACUUUCCUUGGAAGGAUCAAGAUGUGUAUUAUGAUAGAAAAAGAGUCUGACAGCAGUAUCGAAGUAUGCUGGAGACUGAUAAAUAAACCCUUUUCAAGAUAUUUUUAGUACGGGUGAGACUUUAAAACUCUUUUAAAAUUCUGGCUUAUGACUUUUAAAUUGAAUGCCAAAGGAAUGCCCAAAAAAACAAUUGUGUCAGAACUUAAAUGUAUCAAAGGCAGUACCAGAAAGCAGUGAAAGUGAAGAUUAGAUUUAUGAUGGUGUUUAAUGAUUUAAGAUGUAGUGAACUGAAAACUGAGGGAUGCGUGUAGUAUUGGUUCUGCAUUGUAAAAAUGUUGUGCAAAUACAAAUAUAGCUUCAAAUUUUCGGAUUUUGGAUGUUAUUAGUAUUGUGAUUUGCUUGUACCAUGAUCAAGUGACAGUAUUUUUCAUAACAUAAUGAACAAUUUUUUAAAAUUUUUUGGAAAUUAAUGUCAGUUUCUAUUAAAACCAUUUCUUGCCCCAACUGUUGUUGAAACCAUUAUAAAAUCACAUUUUUUACUCAGGUAAUAGUGAUAACUUUUACAUAAAUGGCAUUUUUUAUCAUUUUGAAUGGAAAUUUAGAAGUAGAGUUUUCAAAGAUUAUUAUAUAUUGUAACUCUUCUUAUAUGAAAUAUGCAUAUUGGUAUGUGCUAGGCAUGUAAAAUGUGAAAUGAUUAUGUAAUAUUCUAAUUUGGAAUGCUCUACGAAACCAGGUGCCCUAAAUAUCAGUCCAGUGUUGACCUGGGCACUCUCUUUCCUCUCUCUCUCUCUCUCUCUCUCUCCAUCAUAAGUUACACUUAACACACUUGAAAAUAGCUACAUGUAGCCCAACUGCCAUAAUUUUAACCUUCCCAUGGUCAAACUCAGACACUGCAAAACUUUGUUUUGAAAACAACAGUCUGGGGGUUUAUAGUGUAAGUUUUAUUUUAAUGUUGUAAACAAAGAUCAUCAUAGAUAUGCACUGGUAACUGGUAUGAAUCUUAGCUUAAAAUGUGUGUUCAAACAAAAUGGAUUCAAUUUUCACUGCUGCGUGUUAUUCUGAUUAAUGACAACUUACUGGAAAUGAGGGUUUGUAAGAAAAAACAGUAUUGCUAAAACUUUAGACUCUGAUUUGUAUAUUCCAAAAGAUUAAUCAAAUCAUGUAAUCUGUUUUUCACUCUUGUUGAUUAAAGAAAUUUAUUAAAAUA